AUGGGGAAGGGUACUGAUAAAAUGUAUAUUACCCAUUCUGAAUGGUCCGGACAAUUUGGUGGAAUGCAAUUUGGUGGUAUCCAAAAAAGGACGGAAAGAGAUGUUUUUAAGAGACUUCCAUUUGAUUAUUGUUCUUUAUCAUUACAACCUUUUGAACAUCCAGUUUGUGCGCCUGAUGGUAUUAUCUUUGACUUGAAGAAUAUUUAUCCUUUUUUAAAGAAACAUGGAACAAAUCCCGUAACAGGCGAAAAAUUAGAGCCAAAAUCACUUAUAAAACUUAAUUUUCACAAAAAUUCUAAUGAUGAAUAUCAUUGUCCUGCAACAUAUAGAGUAUUCAAUGAUCAUACUCAUAUAGUUGCAAUUAAGACAACUGGAAAUGUAUAUUCUUAUGAAGCUAUUGAUCGAUUAAAUAUAAAGACAAAAAAUUGGAAAGAUUUAUUGGAGGAUGACCCUCAUAAUCUUGAAUCUCGUAAUUUAACGAAUUUUCAUUAUAUAAAAAAUGAUUUGAAAAUUGAUGAAGAUAAAUCUGAUAAACCUUUGAAUGAUAUAAAUAUCGAGGCCACUGGAUCGGCAGCUCUUGUUCUUACGAAAAUCGCUAGUCGAGAAGAUGAGAACAAAGAGAUCACAUCUAAAUCAGAUUCACAUGUAAAUAAAGAUUCAUCUUUACCAUCUUCAAAACCCAAAUCUUCCAAGAAUUUACCUUAUAAUGCAGCAUCUUACACAUGUGGUUUAGCAUCAGCUUCAUUAACUUCCACAGCAUUUACACCCGUGACCGAAAAUGAAAAUGCUCUUAUUGAUAAAGAAGAAUUCAUGUUUAAAGAGAUUAAAUCCAAAGGUUAUGUUCGUAUAGUUACUAAUCUCGGGAAUUUGAAUGUCGAACUUUUUUGUGAAAAGAUUCAAGGAGGUGAUCCAACAGGUACUGGUAAAGGUGGAGAAUCGUAUUGGAAAAAAGAAUUUCCUGAUGAAUUUAAAAGUAAUUUAUCACAUAAUGAACGAGGUUUAUUGAUUGGGGGAAACGAAGUUUUGGAUAAGAUGGAAUCAUUACCUACAGACAGUUCCGAUCGACCUUUAGAUGAAAUCAAAAUAAUUGAAGUUACUGUUUUCGUGGAUCCAUAUGAAGAGUAUAAUAAACGACUGGAAAGAAAACUAAGUCGUCAAAAGGAUGAUUCUUCGGAAAAAAAUAAAAUAAAAUCUCUCAAAGAUGAAAAGGAAUCGACAACUAAUUGGUUUGGUACAAAAUUAACAACACUACCAUCCAACAGAGAUCAAGAUAUUGGUGUAGGUAAAUAUUUAAAAUCAAUAAAUAAUAAAAGGGAUUUAGAUAGUGAGGAUUUAAAUAUCGAUUAUAUACCAGAGCAGAUUCCGAAAAAGUCAAAACAUUCUGGUAAUGACUUUGACUUUAGCAGUUGGUAA